CGUUGAAAAUACAUACAUAAAAACCUUCAAGCAAUAUAAUCCCUCUAUAAAAUAAUCAAAUAAAUCCUCGGCCUUUUCAUUUAAUUACUUGAGCAUUUCCCCCAUAUUGUAGACACGGGUCCGCUUUUUGUAUAAAAUUCUCUCCCGAAUCAAUCCAUUCUACCGACACUUGCGAUCACUCCCGUGUGCCACAACUACACAUGGCAAAAUCCGAAUGCGCUUCAGCAACCCUUCCUAGAAAAAAGUCACGCCCUCUUGGCAUAGACAACAGCUAAAUUCGGCGCCCUAUUUGACCAAUGGCUUGCUCGUACAGCGAUGCUGUCCUUUGACAGACACUUCAUUGACCAAUAAUAUAUUGGAGGUAGGACAUCAGUGCAAAACCCGCCCUAGUAAUGAGCCCCUGCAUCAUUGCCCGUGAAACCCCGUGGCACCGUUGUGUGUCAGACAGUUUCGCUGGGACCCGCGAUCUAUGCCGGCGAAGAGGGGGAUGGGCGCCACUGCGAAUGUUAGGACCCGAGACAGAAUCAUAGCCCUGUACUACUACCACAUAGAGCUGCAUAUACCCCUUUAUAAAUAUCGAUUGUAAAUAAUAUACAGCACCAUAAUAAAUGGAUUAAACCACCCUGGAUUCAACAUAUACACUCGAUGGAAAUACGGUUCCCAAGCAGGACAGGGAAUUAAACGUUCAACCUUUACGUGGGGGAGAUUUAGAAGUUUGUUUCCUACACCAGAAGAGGGAGCUACCAAGGGGGGCAAAGGAUAACAGGAAACUCCGAGGCCGAGUUUGAGGCCUGGUUCGAUUUGAUGUUGGAAUACUCGAAGAUCUGCAGACAACACAGGAGGAUACUUAGUUCGUACUGGGUUGGAAUGUCUCACUAGGUCUCCCCAUGUCCGUGAGCCGUCGGCUGCGGCUUUGCGGCACCCCACCCCUAGAGUGGUCUGUCGCUGCAGUUCGGACCCCGUGAUCCCUCUCCCCCCCCCCUCCCCUCCCCCUCCUUCCUCCUCCCUCCCCUCCCUCCCCUCCUCAUCGCUGUGCAGGACGUCAUGAGCAUAGUAAUCGCGCUGGGAGUCACCACACCAGAAACGUCCUACUCAGAUAUGGCUGCUGGAUCAGACCCUGAGUCAGUGGAAGCAAGUCCUGCCGUGAACGAGAAAAACUACCCCAACCACAACUGUGGGAGUGCACACAGUCAUGGGUAUCGAGGACUGCCAUAUACUAUGCAACAGUCUUCCGUUGUGUGUUGUCAGGAUCACAACUAUGGCGCACCCCCUCCCCCCACCCCACCCGCCUCCCCGCUCUCCCAAACCAUCAUUCCCCGCAUGGAGCUCAACCCCGCCUCCCGCUACCAUGACAACGCCACCAAUGGCGGCCAGGAGGAGAACUCUGCCGACAGCGAAAGCUCGUCGGAGGAAGACGGGGCCGUGGCCAGCUGGUGCCACUGCAGCCUGACGCAGGAUGGCUUCCUCAUCAAGUGCGAGAGCUGCAGGGGGCUGGACAGAAGGAAAGGACUGUAUGGCCAACGCAGGAAACCAGAAAAUGUAUCAGUGGGCGAGAGCAGUGCCACGGAGAGCGGCGACGAGGAGGUGUCGCCCGCCACAGUGUCCUACACGGCCACACAGCACACGCCCACCAGCAUUACGCUCACUGUCAACCGCGUCAAGCGGAACAAGUCCAAGAAGAGGAAGAAGAGCACGGAGAAGGCCCGCGGAGUGCCCAAGGGCAAGAAGAUCAAGGCCUUCAGAGAGGGUUCUAGAAAGUCCAUGAGGAUGAAGAACUCCACGACGGAGGCAAGCGCGGUGGACGAGACUACAGCGGAGGGCUGGGAGAGCCGCAUCCGCCAGUGGACGGACCAGUACGAGGAGGCUACAGCCAACCAGUACAGCGCCGAUGUCCAGAUGCUGCUCCAGCUGCACCGUGCCGUUACCGCCGAGGGCGUGGCGAGUGAGACUACCUCACCGGCCCAGGUCAACGCCUCGGCGGACGCCAUGGACACAAUUAACCGUACAGAGCUGGCGUGCAACAAUACGGUGCUGGGCUCUCAGAUGCAGUUACAGCUGGGGCGGGUGACGCGUGUGCAGAACCACAGGAAGGUUCUGCGGGCGGCAAGGGAUCUAGAGCCAGACACCCUGAUCAUCGAGUACCGGGGCAAGGUCAUGCUGAAACAGCAGUUUGAGGUCAACGGACACUUCUUGAAAAAGCCCUACCCCUUUGUGCUGUUCUACUCCAAAUUCAACGAGGUGGAGAUGUGCGUGGACGCACGGACAUUUGGGAAUGAUGCACGCUUCAUCCGGAGGUCCUGCACGCCCAACGCAGAGGUUCGGCAUAUGAUCGCCGAGGGCAUGAUCCACCUCUGUGUCUACGCUGUCACGCAGAUCCCCAGAGACGCAGAGGUCACCAUCGGCUUUGACUAUGACUUCAAUAGCUGUAACUAUAAGGUGGACUGUGCCUGCCACAAGAACAACCAGCAGAACUGCCCUGUGCAGAAGCAUAACCUGAACCCGCGCGAGACCCUAGGCUGCCCCGGCACGGGUUCGCUGCCCCCACCCUCCCAGCUCACAGGGCACACAGGGGCAGAGACGCGGCGGCGGAAGGCCCGGCGGAGAGAGAUAGAAGGGUCAGGCGGCGGCCCAGGACUGGGUGGGAUGUCGGACGACAGUAACCAGCCGCCUGAGGAGAGUGGUGAGGUCCGGGAGACGCUGCAGGGCAACGGCAGCCUGGGCAACAGCGAUGUUGAGGAGGGCCUCCUCAAGCAGGAGGAAGGAGAGGAGGGCGAGCUGGACCAGAACGGAGUCCUCAUCUCCACUGGACAGAAGAGGACGUCUACCACAGGGGGCAUAGAUGAGCCCAAACAGGAGGGCCUGGAUUGCGAGGAGUGGAGCAGAGGGAACCCCACAGGGAGUAACCCCACACCCCACCAAGCAGGGGUGGGGAUAAGCACCCGUCGUGCAACUUGCGCGACUGAACCAUCCUCAGCAGCCGAUGCAGACAAGACCCAGACGUCCGCCGCUCCCCUCCCAGCCCCCCUUGCUCCCCCCAAGCCUCCCCCAGCCCGCACCUCCAAGCCCCGGCCUAAGAGCCGUAUCUCGCGCUACCGCUCCAGCUCGUCACAGCGCGCCCGGCGCCAGCGGCAGGCCCUGGCCCAGCAGCAGGCAGCCCUGGAGCAGGGGAUGGCGGCUGAGAUGCACGAGAGCCCCCUGGGGGCCCCUGGUUCAGAGCUGGGCCUGGUGGACGGGGCACUGGGAGUCGGGCAGGUCUUAGACGGAGACGGCCUGAGUGCUCUGAACAAGGGCAACCUGCCCAAGACCAAGAAGUAUCUGGUGACAGAGUGGCUGAAUGACAAGGUGCUGGACAAGGCAGCCCAGCAGGAGGUGCCCACGGUGGAGCGGCAGCUGCGUAUCACCACCGACCCCACGGUGCUGGCCACCACCCUCAACAUGCUGCCGGGCCUGACUGCCUCGCCACUCAUCUGCACAGCGCCCAAGCACUACGUGCGCUUUGGCUCGCCCUUCAACCCCGAGCGACGGCGCCGUCCCGUCAGCGUGGACGCAGCCUAUGGCUCCUUCAAGAAGAGAUGGAUCCAACAGGCCCAGUGCGAGAGUGGGCCGUGCUCGGGAGGCCUGGAGGACGGCACCGAGUCCACCUCCUCUCACCAAAGUAACAGCAGCAGCUCCACUCCCAACCCUUUUAAAGCAGAACUGGCGGCACCCCCCAAGAAGCGGCGGUCCAUUUACGGCCCAGAGGCGGAGGCGGCUCCACCACUUCCCGGCUCAGAAGAACACAGUCUGCUACUGCGGCCCCUAUCACCCAUCACUCCCCCGUUUCCCUCAGACCACCCCUUACUCAGCCCCGCCUCCUACGCUGCCCCCGCGCUGCUGGGUCGUUACGGCGACGAGGAACACCGGCUGUCCAACGGCUAUUCACCGCUGCCCUCGCUGCCCACCAGCCGCUGCAACACGCCGCUGCAGUUUGAGAACAUAUCAUCUCCAGAGGCCUCUCCUGUGCACAGGCCGGAGUCCAUCUCUCCAGAGCCGUGCCUGCGGCCCGACUUUGACGCCCAGUGCUGCGCCCUGCAGUUUCCAGACCUCUCCCUGUCCUCGGGCCUGGAGAGCCCCGUGCCUGCCAUGUCGGAUGACUUCACUCUCCUCUUGGCAACGGGGCCUCCUCCUGACACACUGGGGCCGCUCACCCCCUUGACACCGGGUACCCCCUCCGAGUCGGCCCUGCAGGCCAGAGAGCAGAGCUUCAGGACGGAGUUCAACCUCAUCUACACCUGCUCCCCACUCAACGCCAACCUGGGAAACCUCGCCCCUGCUGCCCCCACCGACAGGCGCAUCAGCCAAUCAGAGGGCAGCUAUUCCCCGGCCGAGUCCUUCUACAGCACCGUGAGUGGCCAGGGGAUCCUGGCGGAGGCGGGGUCUGACUCGCUGUCGCCCUACGGCGAGCCGCACUUUGGUGGCAGCUACCCGGAUGGCGGCACACCACCCCACCACACCAGCAACCCACCACAGAAGAAGAAGGUGUCUCUGCUGGAGUACCGUAAGAGGAAGCAGGGGAGCAGCAGGGACCCCGAGCACGGGGGCAGCUCCCUGGGCACCCCCACAUGCCUCGGCUCCGUCUGUGCCAGCGCCGAGUCCCCCAGAGGCCCCCAUUCCCUCCACUUGCAGCCCUCGUCCUCCCCCCACAGCUCCUUCUCCUCCCCCCCCCAGAUGGAGGAGGUGAGCCCCCCAGAUAACCACCACCACACCACCACCUCCCACGCCCGGGACCACCACAGCAACAGCAGCCCAGAGAUCAGGAGAGCAUCAGCCACUGGAUGGUGCCCACAACAGUAGAGCGGCUGAGGGAGGGCCAGGGAGUCUUAGAGCGGGUACUGAGGGGCUCCCUCAAGAUGGACCGCGUGCUGAAGAGGACGGAUGGCUCGGCUGCUGACAAGGACCCUGAUGCAGACCGGUAUGAGAUCCAGACAGUUCCCCUGGUCUCUCCCAUGAAGAGCCCACAGACAUACAGCCCGUCUGUCUACACUUACCAG